GAGGUAGGUGUGGACAUAAAUAUGGCUGUAAAAAAUUCGUACACAUUAAAUAUGGUACAAUUCCUAUGUGGACUUGGUCCAAGAAAAGGGCUAGCCUUAAUAAAAAUUCUUAAACAGACAAAUCAAAGAUUGGAAAACAGAACUCAGUUAAUGACAUUAUGUCACCUAGGUCCCAAAGUAUUUAUAAACUGUUCUGGAUUUAUAAAAAUUGAUACAAGCUCGCUUGGUGAUAGUACAGAAGCAUAUGUGGAGGUUCUUGAUGGAUCUCGAGUACAUCCGGAAACAUAUGAAUGGGCUCGAAAAAUGGCAAUUGAUGCAAUGGAAUAUGACGACAAAGAAUCCAAUCCCGCCGGUGCGUUAGAAGAAAUUUUAGAAAGCCCCGAAAGACCACAAGAUCUCGAUCUUGAUGCAUUUGCUGUAGGGCUCGAACGACAAGGUUUCGGAAACAAGAGCAUAACACUAUAUGAUAUCAGAUCUGAGUUGAAUUCAUUGUACAAAGACUUCAGAAUUCCAUAUCGCUCAGCAAAUUCUGAAGAACUGUUCGAUAUGUUAACUAAAGAAACACCUGAAUCGUUUUAUGUUGGAAAAAUGGUGUUAGCCACGGUUGCAGGGAUUUCUCAUCGUAAGCCACAAGGAGAACAAUUAGACCAAGCAAAUCCGGUUCGAAAUGAUGAGACCGGUAAUUGGCAAUGUCCUUUUUGUUUAACAGACGAUUUUCCAGAAUUAUCGGAAGUUUGGAAUAAUUUCGAUGCUGGUGCUUGUCCUGGCCAAGCUACUGGUGUCAAACUUCGUCUCGACAAUGGUCUGUCGGGUUUUAUACAUAUUAAAAAAUUAUCCGAUUAACACAUUAAAAAUCCUGAAGAAAGAGUUCAGUCCGGUCAAGCAAUACAUGUAAGAAUUAUCAAAAUAGAUGUCGAUCGUUUUUCAGUUGAUUGUUCAUCAAAGAUUUCUGAUCUAAUGGACAAAAAUCACGAAUGGCGACCAAGGCGAGAUCCAUUUUAUGAUUAUGAGCAAGAAGAAGUAGACAACUCUAAAGAAAAAGAUCAGAAACAAGUUAGAACAAAACAAAAAUAUGUAAAGCGGGUAAUUAUACAUCCUUCUUUUCAUAACAAAUCUUAUGCCGAAGUUGUAAAAAUAAUGGAAAAUAUGGAUCAGGGCGAAGUAAUUGUUCGACCAUCGAGUAAAGGUUCAGAUCACUUAACUGUAACGUGGAAAGUAAAAAAUGAUAUUUAUCAGCACAUAGAUGUUCGCGAGGAAGGCAAAGAAAACGCCUUCAGUUUAGGCCAAAGGCUAUGGAUUGGAAACGAAGAGUUUGAAGAUUUGGAUGAAAUUAUAGCAAGACAUGUUAAUCCCAUGGCAGCUUGUGCUCGAGAACUACUCACUUAUAAGUACUAUCGUGAUACAGGAGGCGGACAUAAGGACAAGAUGGAAGAGUUAUUGAAAGAAGAAAAAACAAAAGACCCCAGAAAAAUACACUAUUUUAUUUCAGCAUCCACAAAUUAUCCUGGAAAAUUUUUGCUAUCAUACUUACCCAAAAACAAAAGCCGACAUGAAUACAUAACUGUAAUUCCAGAAGGGUUUCGUUUUAGAGGGCAAAUUGAUUCACUAAAUGGCCUACUUAAAUGGAUUAAAGAUCAUUAUUCUGACCCUAUUGUGACAAACACUCCAGUGUCCACUUCCCAGCUUAACUCUUUAUCAAGAAUAAGCAACGCUGGGUAUGAUACGCCCAAAAUGUUUCCUUGCAUACACCACAAGAAGUCCUCGGUCUAUUCGAAGUACUCCGCGUACGAAUACCUCACCACAUUCUAUGAAUUUAGGCGAUUCAACUCCUUUAUAUGAUGAAAACUAACUUGUAUCAAAUAAAGAAAUAUACAUUAAAAACGUGUA